AUGCCACAUAAAACUGGAAUGGAGGGAGUUGAUAGCAAAUGUCAUCUUUAUGCAAAUUUUCGUGCUGACUUGAUAUUUAUUUUGUCUAAAAACAGGCGAAGAUUGACAACAACGACAGCCGUCAAAUUGGACAUACAAACUGAACAAGUGACACUGAGCAAUGGUAUCGCCAAUGUUACUUUGUCAAUACCAGAUGGUCUCGUCACGAACAUAUCAUAUGGUGGAAUUGACAACUUACUUGCGACCCAAAAUGUCAAAAAUGAUAGAGGGUAUUGGGAUGUUUUCUGGAAUCAGACAGCAUCUCGAAGAGUUCGAAAAAAGUUCUUAGGAACAAGUUUCGAGGUCAUAAUGGACAGUGAAAACCAGGCAGAAAUUUCUUUUAAAAAUACAUGGAAUGCUUCUGAAUCUGAUGAACUUCCGUUAAACUUUGACAUAAGGUUUGUGAUGCUGCGAGACACACCCGGAUUUUAUACUUACGCUAUAUUUGAACGUUUAGAAGGAUGGCCCCUUGUCUACAUCGAAAAUCUAAGGAUUGUCUUCAAGCUUCAACAAGACAUGUUUCAUUACAUGGCUAUCUCGGAUGAGAGGCAGAGGGUCAUGCCAAUGCCGGUGGAUCGAGAGACGGGCGAGGUGCUUGACUACAAAGAAGCUGUUCUUUUGACAAAUCCAACUAAUCCAGAUCUAAAAGGAGAGGUGGAUGACAAAUAUUUCUAUGUAAAUGAUAACAAAGACGAUAGAGUUCAUGGGUGGGUAGGUGCUAAUCCUCCUGUAGGGUUUUGGAUGAUAAUUCCGAGUGAUGAGUUUCGUACCGGAGGACCUUACAAACAAGAUCUCACUUCACAUGUUGGUCCAACUGUACUUUCUGUAUUUGUAAGUAGACAUUAUGCCGGAGAAGAUCUGGUAAUCAAAUUUCAACAAGGAGAGCCUUGGAAAAAAGUUAUUGGCCCUGUAUGCCUGUAUCUCAACUCAGAUGCUUCAGCUAAGGACAGUCCAUCCAUGCUUUGGGAUGAUGCAAAGAAAAGGAUUAAUCAAGAAGUCACAAGCUGGCCCUAUGAUUUUCCAGUUUCAACUGACUACAUCAAAUCUAAUCAAAGAGGAGCAGUUAGAGGUCAACUUUUCGUUAAUGACAGCACUACUACUUUAAUAUCAGCAUCCAACGCUUCUGUAGGGUUAGCACCACCAGGAGAUUCUGGAUCUUGGCAAAGAGAAAACAAAGGAUAUCAGUUUUGGAUUAAAGCAGAUGCUAGUGGGAAUUUUUCCAUAGAAAAUGUCAUAUCUGGUACAUAUAACUUGUAUGCAACCGUCCCGGGAAUUAUUGGGGAUUACAAAUACACUUCUGAUGUACAAGUUACUCCAGGUUCUAGUAUUGAAUUAGGGAGUUUGGUUUAUAAUCCUCCACGAAAUGGAGUCACACUUUGGGAAAUCGGUGUGCCAGAUCGCACAGCUGCUGAAUUCUUCGUACCAAUUCCACCCCCACAAUUUAAAGUUCACGUAUACCAAAACAAUUCUGAAUCAAUAUUUAGACAGUAUGGUUUGUGGGAACAAUAUAGUGCUUUAUAUCCUGACAAUGAUCUCAUCUACAAUGUUGGGACUAACAAUUAUUCAACAGACUGGUUUUUUGCUCAUGUUACAAGGAAUAUAGGAAAUAACACGUAUAAUGCUACUACAUGGAGAAUUAUAUUUAGCCUUGAAAGUGUUGACAAUACGUCGAAUUACACUCUCCAAUUGGCUCUUGCAGCAGCUCAGAGAGCUGAACUACAAGUAUGUAGCUUAUCCUUGAUUCCUUGACCAGUCAUUUCAAUUAAGUUUAUUUCUGUUCAUUUUCUUUUUCAUUCAGAAGAGGAGCCUUGGAGCAACGGUAAAAUUG